GAACACGUGCGGUGCAGUGCAGUGCGGUUCGUUCUGCCCUCCCCCACACUCCCACCAAAAAAAAAAAAAAUUAAAAAAAAAUUACCCAAUUCUCUCUCAACGUCGGCUUCCGGCGAGUCUCCGGAUUGUGUAUCCGGUGGAUUUAUCUCCAACUCUCCUCCCCUAUCCUCUAUCGAAAAACCCCAAAAUAAAAAAAAAAAAUCCCCGAAAUUUAACUUUCAAAUCUCCUUCCUGGGUCCUUAGGUUUCUUGAAGUUUCAGUCUAGAAUCUGAGUUCUGACUGCCUUCUUUUCUAUCUCUAUAGGGCUACUCUCGAUUAAGCAGAGGAGAGGGAAAGAAAAAUUCGAAAAAAAGGAGGAUCUACAAAGAGUUCGUGUUUACUUUUCUUUUGUCGGUGAAAAAUGGCGCAGAUUCAGGUUCAGCAUCAGACUCCCAUGUCAGGUCCGAACGGUGUGGUUCCUGGCGCCGGUGGGAACCAGUUCGUGCCGACGUCGCUGUACGUUGGUGAUCUUGACUUUAACGUCACGGACUCGCAGCUCUACGAUCUGUUUAACCAGGUCGGCCAGGUCGUGUCGGUGAGGGUCUGCAGGGACAUGAGCACCCGGAGAUCUCUCGGUUACGGUUACGUCAACUAUAGCAACCCUCAGGAUGCGGCAAGGGCUUUGAAUAUACUGAACUUCACUCCAGUGAACAACAAGCCCAUCAGAGUCAUGUAUUCUCAACGGGACCCUAGCAUUCGCAAGAGUGGAACUGCAAAUAUAUUCAUUAAGAAUCUGGACAAGGCAAUUGACCCCAAAGCAUUAAAGGAUACAUUUUCUUCUUUUGGAAAUAUUCUGUCAUGCAAGAUAGCUACCGAUGCCAAUGGCCAGUCCAAAGGCUAUGGUUUUGUUCAAUUUGACAACGAAGAGUCUGCACAGAAUGCAAUAGACAAGUUAAAUGGCAUGCUGCUCAAUGACAAACAAGUGUUUGUGGGACACUUUCUUCAUAGGCAGGAAAGAGAAAGUUCUUUAAAUAAAACAAAAUUUAAUAAUGUUUAUGUGAAAAAUCUGUCGGAAGCCACAACAGAUGAAGACUUGAAGAGAAGUUUUGGUGAAUAUGGACCAAUUACUAGUGCUGUAGUGAUGAGGGAUGCAGAUGGGAAAUCAAGGUGUUUUGGUUUUGUCAACUAUGAAAAUGCAGAUGAUGCUGCUAAAGCUGUUGAGGCACUAAAUGGGAAGGUGGUUGAUGACAAGGAGUGGUAUGUUGGGAAAGCCCAGAAAAAAUCUGAAAGGGAGCUUGAACUGAGAGGAAAAUUUGAGCAGAGUAUGAAGGAAGUAGAUGACAAAUAUCAGGGAAUGAAUUUGUAUAUUAAGAAUUUAGAUGAUAGUAUUAAUGAUGAAAAGCUGAAGGAAAUGUUCUCAGAGUUUGGUACAAUCACUUCGUGCAAGGUAAUGCGGGAUCCCAGUGGAAUUAGUAGAGGCUCUGGAUUUGUUGCUUUCUCAACUUCUGAAGAGGCUUCUCGUGCUCUUGAUGCAAUGAAUGGUAAAAUGGUUGUCAGCAAACCUCUCUAUGUUGGACUUGCACAGCGGAAAGAAGACAGGAGGGCAAGGUUACAGGCACAGUUUUCACAGAUGAGGCCAGUUGCUAUGGCUCCUUCUGUUGCUCCACGUAUGCCGAUUUACCCUCCUGGUGCACCGGGUCUUGGUCAACAAUUUUUGUAUGGGCAAGCACCUGCGGCUAUGAUUCCUCCACAGGCUGGGUUCGGUUACCAGCAGCAACUAGUUCCUGGAAUGAGGCCUGGAGGAACCCCAAUGCCAAAUUUUUAUGUUCCACUGGUCCAACAGGGUCAGCAAGGCCAGCGCCCAGGAGGCCGGCGUGGAGCUGGUCCUGUGCAGCAAACGCAACAACCUGUACCAAUGAUGCAGCAGCAGAUGCUUCCUCGGGGACGUUUCUAUCGCUAUCCACCUGGUCGCAACAUGCCAGAUGCUCCAAUGCCAGGUAUGGCUGGAGGCAUGCUGUCAGUUCCUUAUGACAUUGGUGGUGGGCCAAUGAGGGAUGCUGUGCUUGGACAACCUAUGCCCAUUCAGGCUCUGGCUACGGCUCUUGCAAAUGCUACACCUGAGCAACAGAGGACGAUGCUGGGUGAAGCCUUAUACCCUCUAGUGGAUCAGCUGGAGCACGAGUCAGCAGCCAAGGUUACUGGUAUGCUUCUGGAAAUGGACCAGACUGAGGUUCUGCAUCUUCUCGAGUCGCCAGAUGCUUUGAAGGCAAAAGUUGGAGAGGCCAUGGAGGUGCUGAGGAAUGUUGCACAGCAGCAGGCUAACAGCUCUGCUGAUCAUUUAGCCGGAUUGUCUCUGAACGACAAUCUUGUCAAUUGAGCAGGAUCUCGAAAGGGGUGUAUUUGAUGUGUGUGGUUUGAACCGUUUGAAUUGAAUUUAUGUUUUUGUUCCCGGCGUUGUUGAUGAUGAUAAGGUUUAAACUUGGAUUUUGGCUAUGCUUUUUAUUUCUCUGUGUAGGAUUCGUGGUCUUGCUACACUAGCUGUGUUUUGGUGAACUAAAACUGGAAAGGAUCUCGACUUUUGGCUA